AUGAAAUGUAAUCUGCAUUCACCAUUAAAGUUCGCUCUUCAAGAUCCACUGAGCAAAAUUACUUUUAAUGAUCGUGGCAGGUUGAUAAUAAUCUGUUAUGAACAACUUGUAAAUAGAUCGUUUUAUCUCCAUCGGCCGUCGACGGACGUGUGCUCGGACAUAAAUAAGAGACAGCAAUAUGCAUGGAAAGGAAUAAAUAUGCAUAAUCUUGGGUAA